GGGUGCUGGCCAAGGUGGUCAGUGGCCACCAGGCAUGAAGACUUUGGCCGAGAGUUUCAUCCUCGGGAGCCUGGUGUUGGCUGCCUACCUGCCCCUGACGGUGACUUCACCUAAAACACUGGCCAUCCCAAAGAAGCUGCAAGAAGCUGUGGGGAAAGUUAUUGUCAAUGCCACAACCUGUACUGUCACCUGUGGCCUUGGCUUUAAGGAGGAGACUGUCUGCGAGGUGGGGCCCGAUGGGGUGAGGAGGAAGUGUAAGUCCCAGCGCUUGGAGUGCCUGACCAAUUGGAUCUGUGGAAUGCUGCAUUUCACUGUUCUCGUCGGAGAAGAGUUUGAACUCAGCUGUCUCAGUUCAGACAUUCUGGAGAUCGGGAAGGAAGCAUUCCACUUUACCUGGAGACUGGCUCGAGGUAUCAUCUCAACAAAUGAUGAAGUUUUCCGACCCUUCCGAGCCAGCUCCCACUUGGUGAGGUUCAGACCGGCCCAGGAGUAUGACUCUGGGACAUACCGCUGUGACGUGCAGCUGCUCAGAAACUUGAGGCUGGUCAAAAGGCUCUACUUUGGGCUGAGGGUACUUCCUCCAAAGCUGGUGAACCUGAGUUUCCAUCAGUCCCUUACUGAGGAGCAGAAGUUAGCAGAUGAGGGCUUGGAAGUUAAUCUGGACAACUAUUCCAAGCCUCCCCGCCCCAAGUGGCAAAAGAAGGUGGCAUCAGCCUUGGGGGUAGGAAUUGCAGGUGGAGUGAUCGGUGGUGUGCUGGUGAGCAUCGUCCUUUGCAAGGUGCUGAGGGAGACCUACACUGGUGACAGCCUCAAGAGCUUACAAGCCUUGCUCCUGAGGGACUGGCUGCCCAAGACGCCAGGCUAGCUUUAUAGGGAGUGUGUUGGCUGCCUGAUAGUGGAUUGGCCAAACGACUCCAGGAGGAAUGGGGAGGUGGACCCUCAUGGUGGCCCUGGCAAGAGUCUCCAGCUUCUGUGUCCCAGAUGGAUCUCUCCCUGAUCUCCCUGCUGCUGGGUGCUCAGGUGUCACCCUGGCUCCUGGGAAUAUAGCUGUUUUCCAAGCUUGCAGUCAUCUACCCCAUUAACUUGUGUGCCUCCCAGUCCGUUUUCCUCUUCUGAGCAGUGUAUUCAUGUAGAAGGAUAUAAUAAUAGGUUUUCUAGUGAAAACUUAUUUUUCCCUCUUCAAUAAAAAUAAUUCACAAUAGCUGUAUGGAAACCUAACCUUUUCCUUUCGUGCUCUUUAUCUUAAAAUUUCUCAUAUUUGUUUAUGUUGUCCCGUAACCAGUCUGGCUUUUGUUUUCCUUGGGUUUCUUAGACUAGACAUUGGGCAGAUUGUCUGCUUUGUGCAGCACGUGUGCCCAUAUGUGGCACAGAGGCUGUUAUAAUGUCACCUGUCAGUAUGUCAUAGCCAGUCACUGAAUGUUCAUGAAUUGUCUGCCCUCCCAAGUUGAGUUUCCUGGCAAAACACAAGAUCCUUCGCCUAAUCACGAAACAGUCCACUGCCUUGCUCCCUGCUCCUUUCAUGUUUGCCCUUUCAGUGCCC